AUGUGGGGAGAGUCGAAUGAGAAUACUGUAACUGGUACUUUGCUAUCACUUUUUAUGGUGUUAAAUAUUUGCAUGAAAUAUUACAUAUAAAAUAAAAAAGAGAAGGAAAGCCAGGGAUAGGUAUCGACUUCAAGGUUACCUUCUCCUGAACUAUUAAAAAAUCAAACUUCACCAAAUUAUUCGAGAAAAGUAAGUGGAUAAAAAUAUUAGUCGGAACCAUCAUUAGAUCUUUAAAUUAAUGAUUUUGGAUGCAUGGAUUAGUACUAAAAAAUAUUCAAUAUGUUUCCGGAUGGUAUCAUAAUGGUAAAUAUGAAAAAGCAGGUUAUUUUCAUAAAUAAACAUUUGAAAAAGAUGAUGGGAGGGAUGAAUAAGAAGGCAGCCUUUUACAAUCUUCUACAAAUGAAAAAUGUUCAAUAAUAAAUUAAUGAAUUAGAAAAACUGAACUCAUUGUUUCAAGAACAAUAAAUAGUUUUAAAUGAAUAAGAAUUUGAUAAUAAAACUUAUUUUAAAAAAAGCACUUUUGAUGAAUCUCGAUUUGAUGAUCAAUCCGAAUUAAAGUCAUCCUAUUCGUUUUAAUAAUUUGAAAAUGUGAAAAAGUUACUUGAUCAUCUAAUUGAAAAUCGGCAGGAGAAAAAUGGAGUUGUAAAAAUGUUGUGCUAAUUUCCUUAGAAUGAGAAAUCUCUUUUCUAAGUCAGUUUUAAGAGGUUUGACAACAAACAACCUGAGUUUAUAUUACUGAUUGUAAGAGAUAUGACUUCAAUGAAUCUUGUGACAUUUCUAUAAAGAGUAAUCACAGAUAAAUCUAAUUUCUUAAGUACAGUAGUACAUGAAUUUAGAACUCCACUUUAAUCAAUAAAGCUGAUGGUCUAAUAAAUUUAACCAAUGUGUAGUGAAGAAAUGGUUUAAAAGUAUUUAUUGCCUAUGCUAAGUUAAUUAGAUUGCUUUACCAAUUUAAUCCAAGAUUUGUUGGACGUGUCAGUAUUAAAUGUAGGGAAAUUCAAAUUAGAUAUUAAACAAUUAAAUCUUCAUCAUUUGAUAACAGAGACCUACAAUAUUAUGGUUGUUUAGGCAUAUGCUAAGAACAAUGAUUUAGUUAUCAAUCUUAAGGGAAUCCCAGAGAAAAUCUACUCUGAUCCAUAUAAGAUAAGAUAAAUCUUAAUUAAUUUGCUGGGUAAUGCUGUUAAAUUCACUUAUAAUGGAAUUAUCACAAUUUCAGGCAAAUCGAUGAAUAAAUCAGUAGAAAUAACAGUUUCUGAUACAGGAUUAGGCAUAACUGCUGAUAACUAAAAUAAGCUAUUUACGGCUUUUGGUAAAUUAGAUGAUCCAACCAAUUCUAAUCCAUAAGGAAUUGGAUUGGGAUUGAUGAUAAGUAAUGUAUUGGCGAGAAAGUUAUCUUAUGACUAAAAAGGAUUAUCUGCUGUGUCAGAGGGAGAAGGCAAAGGGUCUAAGUUUUCAUUUUAGGUUUAUGAUCACUCCUUCAAUGAUGAUAAACAAAAGUAUUAAUAAGAAUCAGUGGUUCGUCAAUAAAGAGAAUAUUUUCAAGCCCCAUUAAAUCAGAUAAAACAAUGUGACAGUUUUAGAAUGAGCGGAUUAGAAUUAAGUUAAUAUUCUAGAUGUUAAUGUCCUGAAAUCUUAAUUGUUGAUGACCAGCCUUUUAUCCUAUAAAUGCUUAAAAUACAAUUAGAAUCAUAAGGUUAUCGAGUUAAUUUGGCAUUUAGUGGAUUUGAAUGUAUUAGAAAAAUAGAGUAGUUUUAACAUGGACCCAGUUGUGCUUGCAAAAAUUACAAAAUUGUGAUUCUUGACAUAGAUCUACCAAACUUAAAUGGCAUCGAAACUUGCAAAAGGCUGAUCAGCAUGGGAUACAAUGGUUAUAUAUUGGGACACAGUGGCUAUUCAGGUGGUUAAGAAGAGGAAGAUUGUUUGAAAGCUGGCAUGGUUGGAUACUUCGUUAAACCUUUAGACAUAGCCAAAUUGCAAUCAUGGUUAGAAUAAAAUAGAAUUAUGCUUUGA